AUGUACUCUCUUGCUCUUUGCCUCCUCAUCCCACUCCUACAUCCAGUGGACACCAUUUUCUGCUUCAAUUGUACCAGCACAGAAGGUUAUAACUGCAGCACAGCUCAGCAGAAAUGUCCACUUACGGUCAACAGCUGUAUCACCAUCGCCCGGGAUGAGGACACAGGGACACAAGACAUAGAAAACCCAGUUUACGAGAAGAAGUGCAACUCUGACGACCGAUUGUGCAACCAGUUUUAUGGGUUGAUGGCAGGAGAUUUUCGCAUGCGGUGGAAUUCCAGCUGCUGCCGUGCCGACCGCUGCAACAUUGAGGAAAUAACGGUUCAAAAAGCAUCUCAGAAUCGGAAUGGAGUCCAUUGCAAUUCAUGCUUUGCCCAUGGCACAGAUUUGUGUCUCAACAAGACCGAGAUGGCCUGCACAGGCCUCAUGACCCACUGCAUCCACUUUGCCACCCGUGCCAAGAAAG